CCCAUCCCAUCCAUAGCGGAGCUGAUCUGAGGAGCGAGAGGCCGGGAUCGAUCGCAGUCGCUCGGUAUGCCGGUGGCUCCCGGCGUUUCAUUCUGAUCGAUCCGCCCGCCAGCGAACGAUGCAUGGGCAACUCCUGCCGCGGCUCCUCCUCCUCCUCGCCCACCGACUACUACUGCUGCGGCUACGGCGGGCACCACAACAGCGCCCUGUCGUCCUCCCUCUCCGCCUGCAGCAGCUCUACUACUACUAGCAGCAGCGACCUCCUCCUCCUCCUCCGCAACCACCAGCACCGGCAGUACCGGCGGCGGCGGCGGCACCGCACCUGCAGCAGCACAAGCACCACAAGCGCCAUGCGCGGCGGUGGGCACCAGCAGCACCUCUCGUCCCCGACCGCGGUGCUGGGGCACGUCACCCCUGCGCUUCGCGACCUCUACGCCGUGGGGCGCAAGCUCGGGCAGGGUCAGUUCGGCACGACGUACCUGUGCACGGAGGUCUCGACGGGCGCGGCCUUCGCGUGCAAGUCGAUCGCGAAGCGCAAGCUGCUGACGCCCGAGGACGUGGACGACGUGCGGCGCGAGAUCCAGAUCAUGCACCACCUUGCGGGUCACGGCAGCGUGGUGACCAUCAAGGGCGCGUACGAGGACCCGCUGUACGUGCACAUCGUGAUGGAGCUGUGCGAGGGCGGCGAGCUCUUCGACCGCAUCGUGGACCGUGGCUACUUCUCGGAGCGCAAGGCCGCCGAGAUCGCGCGCGUCAUCGUGGGCGUGGUGGAGGCGUGCCACUCGCUGGGCGUGAUGCACCGGGACCUCAAGCCCGAGAAUUUCUUGCUCAAGGACAGCAGGGACAGGCGGGGUCGACACGACGACGACGACGACGACGACGAGGCGCCGCCGGCGUCUCUCAAGGCCAUCGACUUCGGCCUCUCCGUCUUCUUCAAGCCCGGCCAGGUGUUCACCGACGUGGUGGGGUCCCCCUACUACGUGGCGCCGGAGGUUCUGUGCAAGCACUACGGUCCCGAGGCGGACGUGUGGACGGCGGGGGUCAUCAUCUACAUCCUCCUCAGCGGGGUGCCGCCCUUCUGGGCCGAGACGCAGCAGGGCAUCUUCGACGCCGUGCUCAAGGGCGCCAUCGACUUCGACUCCGAGCCCUGGCCCACCAUCUCCGACAGCGCCAAGGACCUCAUCCGCCGGAUGCUGCGCUCGCCGCCGGCCGACAGGAUGACCGCGCACCAGGUGCUGUGCCACCCCUGGAUCUGCGAGAACGGCGUGGCCCCGGACAGGGCGCUCGACCCCGCCGUGCUCACGCGCCUCAAGCAGUUCUCCGCCAUGAACAGGCUCAAGAAGAUGGCGCUGCGGGUCAUCGCGCAGAACCUGUCGGAGGAGGAGCUGGCGGGGCUCAAGGAGAUGUUCAAGGCCAUGGACACGGACGGCAGCGGCGCCAUCACCUUCGACGAGCUCAAGGAAGGGCUCACCAGGUACGGCUCCAACCUCAGGGAGAGCGAGAUCAGGGACCUCAUGGACGCCGCCGACGUCGACAACAGCGGCACCAUCGACUACGACGAGUUCAUCGCAGCCACCGUGCACAUGAGUAAGCUGGAGCGCGAGGAGCACCUGCUCGCAGCUUUCGCCUACUUCGACAAGGACGGCAGCGGCUACAUCACCGUCGACGAGCUGGAGCAGGCGUGCAGGGACCACAACAUGGUCGACGUCGGUCUCGACGACAUCAUCACAGAGGUGGACCAGGACAAUGAUGGCCGCAUCGACUAUGGCGAGUUCGUGGCUAUGAUGAAGAAGGGCAUCAUCGGCCACGGCAGGCUCACCAUGAGGCACAACUCCGACGGCAGCGUCCUCCAUGGCGCCGGCUAGCUGCUGCUGCUGCGUACCUCGGCCCGCCUGCGUGCAUCCUUAAUUCAUCUGCAGCCUCAAUUGUGCCUGCUGCUCAUCAUAUCCAUCCACCCUUGAAUCCUUGCUGCAUCUUCUUCACCUUCAAAAUUAAUUCUACAGAUUUAACAACGAACUAACGAAAAUCCGAGAUGGACUCUUUUCGUUUUCAUUUUUCUGUUUUGACGGAUUCAAGUUAGCAAAGAGAAACUAAUUGAUUUACACAAUAUAUAUAUACUUACAUCAUCCAUGCAUGGUUACUUUUCUUCUCCAAUGUAUGUAAGAAAGGUCAUUAUUCAUCAUCCUAUAUAUUGUACACUAUAAAUUUUUAAUCCUCGCUCAUCGGAUUCAGUUGAUAUGUACAUUACUGCCAAAUAAAUUUGUACCUAUAUGUGCGUGACA